AUGCUGCACGGCCUUCAUGAGCCCUCGCCAGCUGGAAGUCCCCCUCAAGACUCGUGCUCCCGCUGCACUGGUCCGUCACCAUGGAGGUUCGGUAGCGUCGUCUUCUUGGGUUUCUUCCUCAAGCUCUCUGGCAUCCUCUUUGUCCUGGUGGGCUUUAGCUCUGCGACUCCUGGACUCAGGCUCCUGGGCUUUGUGCUGAUCCCUGUGGGCAUCGUUGUCUUCAGCGCGGGCAUACUGUGGGGCGCCAUGGAAAGUUGGCGGUACCGGGCUGCCAUCAUGGCCAUCCACGCCUGGGAUCCCCUGGCCGCUUCUGGAAUGUUUUUGCACGGCGGUGCUGGGACCAAUCCUGAGCAUGUCAGCGUGGGGCAUCGCGCUGGAGUGCAUUCUGCCCCGCCUGUGGAUCCCGAUGGCCCGCUGGUCGGUCUGCAACCAGUACAGUUCACCAAAUAUCCCGUUGUGCAGAUUUAUCCUGUAUGA